CCUUCCCACACUUAAAUGAAUCGCACAUACUUUUAGAGAGAGAAACCCCAGAUCUCUCUCUCUCUCUCACUGAUCAUUCCAAUCUAGAGAGAGAAACCCACCAUUCCACUCCAUUCUUCACCUAGUUGACACACACAUACACACUGUCUCUUUCUCAAUCCAUAUCUAUACACAUCUCCUACACUCUCUCUACGUUUCCCAAACCCUAGCGGUUAACAAAUCGUUCGAUUUCCAACUAUUGAUGCGCGAUUGAGCUCAGAUCCGAGUAAUGGAGGAGGUUUCCGGCGACGGCGGAGACUACAGCGGCGGUAAUGUACGUCCGCCGGUGGCUGAAACGACGCCGUUGACGGUGUCAGGAUCGUUUAAGGACGGAGCUAGGGUUUCUGGUGCGCCGAAUCGGAGGAGGAGCUCUAGAAGGCCGAGUUUGGAUACUGAUGAUUUUAUAAAUCUGCUUCACGGUUCGGAUCCGGUGAAGGUUGAGCUUAAUCGGUUGGAAAAUGAAGUUAGAGAUAAGGAUCGAGAAUUGAGUGAAGCGCAGGCGGAGAUCAAGGCGUUGAGGCUGUCUGAACGGUUGAGAGAGAAAGCUGUUGAAGAGCUAACUGAAGAAUUGUCGAAGAUGGAUGAGAAGCUGAAGUUGACAGAAUCUCUGCUAGAUACCAAGAAUCUUGAAAUUAAGAAAAUCAAUGAUGAGAAAAAAGCAUCUAUGGCGGCUCAGUUUGCUGCAGAAGCCACUCUUCGAAGGGUUCAUGCUGCUCAAAAAGACGAUGAUAUGCCUCCAAUUGAGGCAAUCCUUGCACCAUUAGAAGCCGAGCUGAAGCUUGCUCGACAAGAGAUUGCUAAGCUGCAAGAUGAUAAUAAAGCAUUAGAUCGACUGACUAAAUCAAAAGAAGCUGCUUUACUUGAAGCGGAGAGAGCAGUGCAGGUUGCUUUGGCUAAGGCUUCAAUGGUGGAUGAUCUUCAGAAUAAGAACCAGGAGUUAAUGAAGCAGAUAGAAAUUUGCCAGGAGGAAAAUAAAAUUUUGGAUAAAAUGCAUCGUCAAAAAGUUGCUGAAGUUGAAAAGCUUACACAAACUGUACGUGAGCUUGAAGAGGCUGUUCUUGCUGGUGGUGCGGCUGCAAAUGCAGUGAGAGACUACCAACGCAAAGUUCAAGAGAUGAAUGAGGAACGGAAAACACUGGAUCGAGAAUUAGCUCGUGCAAAAGUUACAGCAAACAGAGUAGCUACAGUAGUAGCUAAUGAAUGGAAAGAUUCUAAUGAUAAAGUGAUGCCGGUAAAACAAUGGCUUGAAGAAAGAAGAUUCUUGCAGGGAGAGAUGCAACAACUAAAGGACAAGUUAGCUAUAACUGAGCGUGCAGCAAAAUCUGAAGCACAAUUGAAAGAAAAAUUUCAAUUAAGACUCAGAGUACUAGAAGACACUUUGAGAUCACCAAACACUAAUGGCCCUUCACGCCGCCAGUCUCUAGGCGGAGCUGAUAACUUUUCAAAACUGGCAGCUGCUUCAAACGGGAUUUUACCAAAAAGAUCACCAUCUUUUCAAAUAAGAUCAUCUGGGUCGAGUUCAAUUUUGAGGCACGCAAAAGGUACGUCAAAGUCAUUUGAUGGCGGUACGCGUGCACUUGAGAGGAGUAAACUUAUUUCAAAUGGAAGCGGCAGUCCUACUUUUAGCCAAUCGGGAACCAAGGAUAUUGAAAUAGUAAACCCUGAUGAAAAACCGAGCGGCUCCUCGGGAACCGAAACUGAAGAUACCGUGCCUGGACUGUUGUAUGAUUUGCUUCAAAAAGAAGUGAUUGCUUUGAGGAAAGCUGGUCAUGAAAAGGAUCAAAGCAUUAAAGACAAAGAUGACGCCAUCGAGAUGUUAGCGAAGAAAGUAGACACUUUAACCAAGGCUAUGGAGGUUGAAGCUAAAAAAAUGAGACGUGAGGUAGCUGCAAUGGAGAAGGAGGUAGCUGCUAUGCGUAUUGACAAAGAACAGGAUAAUCGGGCUAAACGGUUUGCGAACGUCAAGAACACCUCUCAGCCGCUUCCAGCCAGGAAUGUGGCACGUGGAGGAUUGACACGGAGCGGGCAAUAACAUGAAAAAGAGAAUGUUGUUGUUGAUUUACUAUUAUCAUUAGCAUACUAUUUUCUCAUUCUUUCUACUGACUGUUUGGUAGAGAAGAGCAGUGGAUGAACAUGAACAUUGAAGAUGAUGGUGAGCUAACCAUUGUGUGGUUGUAUAGCUGCUGCUGCUGCUUUCUUACUUUUGGUUCUUAUACUUUCUAGUGUGAUUUGUGUCAAUGUUGUUGUUGGCUAGUGUUUAUUUGGGAUUCCCGAUACAUUACCAAUAGUUGUGCUCUUUGCAAGAUUAAAUAUUAGAUUGCUCAAUGUUUGUUUGCCUCUUUUUGGCUAAGAGUAAUAUCAAUGCUGCUAGUGUGACUUGUACA